CCCAUCUAUCCUCAAUCACCUGAAGGAUGGCAGGUUGCCCUCCGUGCCAUAAAACGUCUCUACGCCCAGCGACAAUACAAGCAGUGCACUGCGCGCGUCUCGGAGCUGCUCAUAACCGCGCCAGAGCCAGUCCAUCCUGUUUACCAGACGUUCCUCUAUUUCUACAGCGCUAUAUGCUAUGAGGCAAUGGGCCUUUCCGCUCACAAUUACUCUCGCAACAAGCUCCCAUUGCUGCAGUCUGCUCUAGACUGUUUCACCAACUGCAGUGCUGUCUUGCCGAGCCCAGUCCCAACCACUGAGCGCUACUCACACAUUUCUGAGGCUUUGUUUACUUCAGUCCCCUCGGAUUCGUCCUCGUAUUCUGACUCUCCGGGAUCGAGAACUAGGCCCUCGAGCCUUGCAAGCAGCCUUGCGGACAUGAUCGAACGAUCUCUCAUCUACGGCAGCGUGGAUGGGGAUCCCUUUGUCUCACACGAUGGCGAUAAUGAUGACAGGCAGUUUCAAGAAGAGCUGUGCACAGGGAUUCUAGCGACAAGCGCCAGUCAAAGCCACUUGAUUCCCUCUCCCUUGAAUGUCAGAAAACCUUCCGGGGCUUCUAUUUCUAGCAUAUCAGGCACAUCCAGCAGUGUCGACACAAGCAAGAUUCCUCUUGCUCGUCCACCUUCCAAGGUUCCUCUCAAAGCUGCUCCACGACCCGUUCGAACCCCUUCUCCCGACCCUCGACACGGGACAAAUUUUGCAGAUGCCAUUUCUAGCUUGGAAGAAGGGCGGAGAAUUCUUCCAUACCCCACAGAGUACACCAACCAUAUCUCAAACUACAACAGCAGUAUACGCUCUCUUAGCACCCAGAUCACAUCGAGCAUCACCACAAUCCGGGCCAUGAUUGAGGAAGUAACCGAGAUGCAGCACGCUCGCCGGGUGUCGAAGAGUAUCCGACGCUCGGCAUCUUUCUGGAGCUUCAGUCCUGUGAAGGAGAGUGAUCGGAGUUCUUCGUCGGCCGUAUCUCGUGCCAAUUCUGCUGAUAACAGCUCGGGACGAGUACUCGUCACAGAGAGCAUGGAGCAGCGAAUUGAGAGGCUACGCAGUGAAGGGUGGCAGACAGUCGGAACCAAGUCUCAGCGGCGAGGGUGGAAGGGAGAGGAGUACUACCGGGCCUACUGUUCCAGAGUCUUGGAAGAGCUAUACCUGAAG